AAAAGUCAUCGCUUAGACCACAGUUAAAGUACAUGCUAUAUAUUUUCCCUUUCUCCUCUCUCUCUAUACCAAACGUAGAUCCACACUACACUCAAUCCUUAGCUGUUUCUCUCUCUAUCUGGUAAUCAGAUGAAGGAAGUUGAGAAUUAAUGCCCUGUAUCAGUUUGACUCAUAGAAUUUAUGCGGUGGACGGUUAUUAAAAGAAUGGGUUCACUUUGCAGUAAACAGCGACAUUGCAAUCAGGCUGAUUCUGAAGAAAACGCACAGACUGCAGAAAUAGAAAGACGGAUAGAGCAAGAAACAAAGGCGGAGAAGCAUAUUCAAAAACUUCUACUUCUUGGUGCUGGAGAUUCAGGGAAGUCCACCAUUUUCAAGCAGAUAAAACUUUUAUUUCAGAGUGGUUUUGAUGAGGCAGAGCUAAAGGGCUACACCCCUGUCAUCCAUGCCAAUGUUUAUCAGACAAUAAAAAUACUACAUGAUGGAGCGAAGGAGUUGGCUCAAACAGAAGAAGAUCCCUUGAAGUAUACUAUAUCUGAUGAAAACAAGGAAAAUGGGGAGAAACUUGCAGAAAUUGGUGGUAGGUUGGAUUAUCCAUGUCUCACCAAAGAGCUGGCAGAAGAGAUAGAAGCUCUUUGGAGAGACAAUGCCAUACAGGAAACAUAUUCACGUGGUAAUGAACUGCAAGUUCCUGACUGCACCCAAUAUUUUAUGGAAAAUUUGCAAAGAUUGUCUGAUACAAAUUAUGUUCCCACAAAGGAAGAUGUUCUUUAUGCUAGGGUUCGCACAACUGGUGUUGUAGAAAUUCAAUUCAGCCCAGUUGGUCAGAAAAAAAGAAGUGGUGAAGUAUAUCGACUCUUCGAUGUUGGAGGCCAGAGAAAUGAGAGAAGAAAGUGGAUCCAUCUUUUUGAGGGUGUUACAGCUGUGAUAUUUUGUGUGGCUAUAAGCGAGUAUGAUCGAACGCUCUUCGAGGAUGAUAACAAGAAUCGAAUGACAGAGACUAAGGAGCUCUUUGAAUGGGUCCUGAAGCAACCAUGCUUCGAGAAAACUGCAUUCAUGCUGUUUCUAAACAAAUUUGAUUUAUUCGAGAAGAAGGUUCUGCAAGUCCCUCUGAAUGUAUGUGAGUGGUACAAGGAUUACCAGCCAGUUUCAACUGGAAAACAGGAAAUUGAGCAUGCAUACGAGUUUGUGAAGAAGAAAUUCGAGGAAUUAUAUUUUCAGAGCACUGCACCAGAAUGUGUCGACCGGGUGUUCAAGAUCUACAGGACCACUGCACUCGAUCAGAAACUCAUAAAGAAGACUUUCAAACUUGUAGACGAGACUUUGAGAAGGCGAAAUCUAUUUGAAGCAGGUUUAUUGUGAUGCCAAAAGGUUGACAUAGAAGAUCUCAAGAUUUUUGGAUCCAAUUAAUUUUUUUGGCUUUUGUUUGUUUUGAACUCCUGUCUUUUAUUUAUUUUUUUCAAUUUUCUCAGCCAAAAAUCUUGCAGAAAAUUUUUCUUAUACAAGGAUGGAUCGGUUUACAUUUUUAAUAAUAUAUUCUUUUGACAUUUA